UCAAGUACAACGACGGGCAGGGAACAGACUGACGGAAGCGAUUGCUCCAAGCAGGUUCCAGACUAGGGACGCAGCGUCCGGAGAAUGUAUCACUAGGGCCUGCGCUGGGUCAUCACGCUAAAGACAGUGGGUAGAGGCGCGACUCCCAGGGCCGGCCUUUCCACACACCUGGGAGCGCGGUGGGCGCCACACGCGUCCUCUCCCGCCACUGCUCUUAGUGGCUGAAGCGCAGCCAAUUGGCUACCGAAGUGCAUGAGUAAUUGUCCAAUGAGGACAGGCAGCCUUCAAGACCCGUUUAUCCAUUGGCCAGGUGGAGUGUCAAUUCCCAGGCCGGUUCCCGAGCACGGGACAGCCAGCGGGAAAACCCAGACAUCCGUGCCGGCCAUCUCAGGAAUUCGAUCUCGAGAGUCCUGGUGCGGCGGUCAAAGCACAGUUGGGGCACGUUCUCCGCUUCUGUGGGAGGAUAAAUCCAAUCCUUGUUUCUCCAUCCAGGCCAGAAGUAGAAGUUAGUUAUUUCUUUUGAACUCAUCAUGAAUUCCAUUAAGCCUGAAAACAAACCAUUCAGUGCUACAGAAAAUGACCAGAGUACAAGACCUAAAGUUUCAAAGGAUUCUGUCAUGAAGCAGACAUGUUCUGGCACACCUGUUGACUACUGUCUGACUGACAUACAUGAGUACAGUAGCACCUCUGUGCUUACAACUGAAGUCAACAAGCAUGAAACAGCCCUUGAAAUUCAGAAUACAAAUUUGAACAACAAUGAAGAAUAUAGUUUCACCUUUACUUUAAAUGUAAGCUCCAGGAAAUCAGACCGUAGCGUAUUGACAGCAUACGGUAAACCCAAUGACAAUAUCUACUCAGUUCUGAGAGCAAAUUCCAGUUUCUGCGAAAGGAUGAAAAAUCAUUUAAAUAAGAACAUUAUUGUUUAUGAAGAAAAAACAAUAGAUGGAUAUAUAAAUUUGGGAAUGCCUCUCAAGUGCCUGCCUAGAAAUUCUCAUUUUAAAAUAACAAUAGAUCAAAGAGAAAAGAACCAAGAAAAUGAUCAGAUAUUGCGCCAGUGUGAAAGGCCAGAAAUUGACUGCAUUCUAUUUCAAGUUGUUGCUAUUGGGAAGAAUAUAAAGAAGAUUCUCAAAAUCAAAAAACUUCAUGAAAAAGGAAGUACACUUUGUAUCUAUGCCUUGAAGGGUGAGACUAUUGAGGAAGCCUUAUGCAAGGAUGGUCGAUUUCGGUCUGAUCUGGACAAACUGAAGUGGGAAAUAAUGGAAGGUCAUAAGAAAAUUCAUGGAAGACAGUCCAAAGUGGAUGAAGUAUCUGGAAAAAUAUUAGAACUGACCAUUUCUAAAAUACCAUUAGACAGGGAAGAUAUCCAUAAGAAGAAUGAAAACACUACAGAUAGAAUCAGUAACAGUGAUCUGUCUAUGAACAAGGUCCAUGACGCAGAGAAAAAUGAAGAGACUGAAGAUGUAGAACACAACAGAGAAAAAAUUCUCCCACCUCAGAGUUUGGAGCACGAUAUUAAAAGUAAAACUCAAGAGACAAUCUUCAUAGUAAAAUCUUAUUAUGAUAAUAGUUCUGGCAAAAAUGAUGGGAAAAUAGUGUCAGAAGGUAGGCAAUAUGACAUUCUGGGUAUCCAAAUGGAGGCAACAAAUCUCUUAAAGAAUUUCCAAAUAUUGGACAAAGCUGUAAUUCAGCAUUAUCCAAAUUUUAAUAAAGAGGCACAUUGGAUGGGAAAAUAUUUUCAGAAACUACAGAAGGAAACAAAACUGCCAAUGACUAAACAAUUCAACAUAUAUAAAGAGUACUUUGGGAAAACGACUGCAAAUUCUUUAUCAUUUGCAACCUGUGAACAGCUUGCCUUUCUUGGUAAGUCAGUUGGACUUAUAACAUGGAGCAAUAAUGGAAGAUCAGGCAAUGGAACUUGCUUUGUCUUAAAAGGUAGUUAUAUUUUCACCUGCCAACACAUUGUGCAUGAUAUAGUGGGUGAAGGCACAGAUCCAAGUUUGUGGCCAGAUAUAAUUAGUAGAUGUACAAAGGUAACCUUCACUUACAAUGUGUUCUACCCUAAUGCUGAUGAUUGGUUUUCUCUCGAGCCGUGGUUUGAGGGGUCUGGUAGAACUCUAGAUUAUGCCAUUUUAAAACUAAAAGAGAAUGGAAAUGCAUUUCCUCAAGGCCUAUUGGGACACAUUUCUCUUCCUCCACCUAGUGGUUUGAUUUAUAUAAUUGGUCACCCAGAAAGCCAGAUAAAGAAAAUAGAUGGUUGUGCUGUGAUUCCUUUACAACAACGGCUAGGGAAGUAUCCAAAGCAUUGUCCAGAAGUGUUGGAAAAAUGCGAUCCUGCUGCUUUUGGUGGUUUUUCUAUGUUUACCCAAAGAAGUUUCCUUUCAGAGCUUUGGAGCACACACACGCUUAGUUAUGAAACUUGUUUCUACAGUGGGUCCUCUGGCUCCCCAGUAUUUAAUGCAUCUGGUGAAUUGGUUGCUAUGCAUACUGUUGGCCAUGUUUAUAAACAUGAAAAUAAGGAUCAUGCCCUUAUCGAAUAUGGCUAUUCUAUGGAUUCUAUUCUUUGUGAUAUUAAGCAAAAAAAUGAGAGCUUAUACAAUUUACUAAAUGAAGAGAAAAAUGAGAACCAUAGUGAAGAGAAAAACAGCAAACAGGGAAUGUCUCUUCAAGAUCCUCAAGUUGAACCCAUGGAACAGUUAGAAAACAUAUGUUGCCUUCAAGAAAUUAUGUUAAUAAUUUGGACUCAGCAAUAG